AUGGCAAACUUCCUGAAGCUCACCACCAUUCUCUCCCUUAUGGUUUUGGCUUUGCUCCUAGCUUCACAAUACCAAAUGGCCUUCUCGUCUCAGCUCGAGGACGAAGACGACGAGGAGUACGUGCUCGAUGCUCCGAAUCCGAACUUCAGAUCCAGAAGCAGGUUCUUGGCCAGCAUUAUCAAGAAAGGAGCGCAUUGCGACCCCGUCAAGUACAACAUCUGCAAUGGGAUUUCGGCAAACAAUGGAACGAGCAUUCUGAACUGCUGUAAGACUCAUUGUCGUAACAUUCUCGGAGACCGGAAUAACUGCGGGAAGUGCGGGCGCAAGUGCAAUCAGGGACAGCUUUGCUGCAAUGGAAGUUGUACGUAUGUUGCUUACAACGCUGAUCACUGUGGCAAGUGUGCUAGGAAGUGCUCGGCUGGGGUUAAAUGUGAGUCUGGAUACUGUGGGUAUGCUUAA